GUGGCCAUGGGCCUGGGCGCCAGCGUCGAGCAGCCCGCGGGAGGCGCCGAGGGCUUCCACCUGCACGGGGUGCAGGAGAACUCCCCCGCCCAGCAGGCAGGCCUGGAGCCCUACUUCGACUUCAUCAUCACCAUCGGGCACUCAAGGCUGAACAAGGAGAAUGACACGCUCAAGGCCCUACUGAAGGCCAAUGUGGAGAAGCCGGUGAAGCUGGAGGUGUUCAACAUGAAGACCAAUAAGGUGCGCGAGGUGGAGGUGGUGCCCAGCAACAUGUGGGGCGGCCAGGGCCUGCUGGGCGCCAGCGUGCGCUUCUGCAGCUUCCGAAGGGCCAGCGAGCAUGUGUGGCACGUGCUGGAUGUGGAACCCUGUUCCCCUGCCUCCCUAGCUGGCCUGCGCCCCUACACUGACUACGUGGUUGGCUCAGACCAGAUCCUCCAGGAGUCCGAGGACUUCUUCUCGCUCAUUGAGUCCCAUGAGGGGAAGCCCUUGAAGCUGAUGAUUUAUAACUCCGAGUCCGACUCCUGCCGGGAGGUGACUGUCACGCCCAAUGCAGCCUGGGGAGGAGAGGGCAGCCUGGGCUGUGGUAUCGGCUAUGGGUAUCUGCACCGGAUCCCAACCCAGCCUCCCAGCCACCACAAGAAGCCAUCUGGUGUCCCACCACCUGGUGUCCCGCCACCUGGUGUCCCGCCACCUGGUGUCCCACCACCUGGACCUACCCCCCAGGACUCUCCUGCCCCUUCUGGCCUGGAGACAGGCUCCAGGCAGGGUGACUACGUGGAGGCCCUGCUGCAGGCACCUGGCUCCUCCAAGGAGGAACAGCUCCCUGGGCCCCAGAGUCCUGGCCAUGGCACUCCAGACCUUGGCGGCCUUCCCCGUUCCAUGGAGAUUCCUCUUCAGCCUCCGCCUCCACUGCAGCGAGUCAUGGACCCAGGCUUCCUGGACGUGUCCGGCAUCUCCCUCUUGGACAGCAGCAACGCCAGCGCCUGGUCUGGGCUGCCCUCCUCCACAGAGCUGACCUCCACUGCGGUCUCAGCCUCAGGGCCGGAGGACGUCUGCUCCAGCAGGGGUUCUCGUGAGCAUGGCGGUGAGGCCACCUGGUCUGGGUCAGAGUUUGAGGUCUCCUUCCCAGACAGCCCAGGCGCCCAGGCGGACCACCUGCCUCAGCUGACACUUCCCGACAGCCUCACCUCUGCAGCCUCACCAGAAGAUGGGCUGUCCGCUGAGCUGCUCGAAGCCCAGGCUGAGGAGGAGUCAGCAAGCACAGAGAGCCCAGAUUUCGGGGCACAGGCUGAGGGGGCAGCCAGCCAGGCACAGCUCUCCCCCCCCGAAUAACACCCCAGGCACUAAGAAGGGCCUCUGAUGGCAUUCAUGAGGCCCAGAAGUGGGAGGCAGCUCAGGCCACACUGCGUGGCCA